UCGAAUUCUCUACUCUCACUCUGACACAGACGUCCACUCACUCAUUCCCCUUUCAUUUCCAUCACUCCUUCAAUACUUCCUUCCUUCCGUCCAUCCUUCUUUCUUCUUCUUCUUCUCAUCGGAUCUCCGCCAUGACUGUGAAGCAAUCUGAGACGACCCUAUGGUGCAAGAGGAAGGAUCCCAUAAGGGCAGUCUUCGCGGCCUGCCUAGCCUUGGUGAUAUUAAUUCUGUUCUUGAUACUCCUGAUAUGGCUAAUCCUAAGGCCCACAAGCCCUCAAUUCACUCUCCAAGACGUGACGGUGUACCAAUUCAAAGUUACCUCCCCCAACUACUUGACCUCCAGCAUACAGGUCACCAUAUCGUCUCGAAAUCCCAACGAUAGGAUCGGAAUCUACUACGACAAGUUGGAUAUUUUCGCUACAUAUCGUGACCAGCAGAUCACUCUCCCAGUUUUCUUACUCCCAACCUACGAGGGUCACAAGGAUAUCACCGUUUGGUCUCCGUUCAUCUCCGGUAACUCUGUACCAAUCGCUCCCUACCUCGCUACCGCACUGAAUGAGGAUCAGAACGCUGGGUUUGUAUUGGUUAAUAUCAAGGUCUUGGGGAAGCUGAGAUGGAGGGUGGGAACCUGGAUCUCCGGUCAUUAUGGGAUCAACGUUAACUGUCCUGCUUAUAUGAGAUUUGGGAAUCCCGGCUCGGGCGCCAAAAUUGUCGCCGGUAGCAAGUACACGCUGUCACAGACUUGCACCACCGACAUUUGAUCUUUCCUUCUAAUUAGGCUCGCCCUUGGUGAACGGUGAUUGUGCUAUUCCUCCUCACGCCGUUAUCUUUUUUUUUUUUUUUUGGCCUUUUUAGUGGUAUAGGAAUUCCUCUGUUUUAAUCUCUAUAAUAGGUGGUAUAAUGGAAAAUUUAGAGCAAGCGAAGGAACAAAUUGACAGAAAUGUCCAAGAUUUCUGUAGUUAUGACAAGUUUUAUUAUUAUUAUUA